AUGGCUGAAACUCGCACUCGUGUUAUCACCGUUGCUUUUUUUUGGUACUUACUCUCUGUCCUGGGUCCAAGAAGUGGCCCACCGGGUUUCGAACGGUUCAACCGCUGGGCCACCCGUCGGUUCACAGCCUGGCAACUCUCAAUUCUGACACUAGUCGGGUAUUAUGUUGUACGGAACAUUGAUGCCAUUCUUAAUCUGCAUCCUAAAUUGGCACGUCAUAAGAUCUACGAACCCCGAUUCGAAACUGCUGUAACAAUCAUGACCGCCAUGACUGCAGGGUUCAUGACUGCUAAGUCUAUGCGGCCAAAAUUUAUACGCGACUUAGCAUCACUUGUUUUUGCGGGGUAUUACAUCUUCACACCCGACCACGCAAUGGAAAAGGUUCGCAAGUUCAAUGAAAAUCCAUCUGUCGAAGGAAUCAGAACUUCCUUUGAAAUUAUGGAUAAUCCAUAUUUAGACUUUAUUGGCGGCUUAAUGCGUCCUCGGUUACGUGGAGCUCAGGGAAUGGUUUUCUACGUCCCCCGCCCAAAGUCUUCAGUUUACUUGGCCCCCGUCGAGCUCGAACUUUGGUACGACAAACCUUUAACCGAACUCAAGUCUGAAAAGAAAAUCAUUUUCCACAUUCAUGGCGGUGGCUUUAUUUCAAAUACUCCACGACUUCAUGCAGAUUCUCUGACAGCAUGGGCUCGUCAGACUCAGCUCCCCAUCAUUGCCAUCAACUACAGGCGGGCCCCAGAAUACCCUUUUCCGUAUGCUGUUGACGAAUGCUUUGACGCGUACACAGCCAUGGUAGAGUCUCGUGGUUUGUGCUUUGGCGUCAAGUCUAAAGUCCCUCCUCGGGUUGUUAUUACUGGUGAUUCUGCAGGAGGAAAUUUUUCGGCUGUGCUCAUGAUUAAGAUUAUAAUGUCUGGUAAUAAGGCACUGCGUGAUCCAGUUGAUGCCCUUGUUCUAACAUAUCCCGCACUUGAUUUAUCUCCUGUAGGCUGCUAUGGAGAGCGUGAAAUGGAGUUUUUCCGUCAAGAAGCUGGUGAUGAUCGAGAUACUGGUAUCUUUGAAACACGAACAGAAGUUGUCGACUUGUACAAGUCAGGCGUACACCCAGUCUCUAUGGAACACCUAGUUGUUGCUGGAACACCCUACGUCGAUGUCAAUAAAAAUACUCCUCUUUCUUUAUCUUCCCGAGUUCUUUUCAUGUCAGAUCGUGUCAUCCCAGCUGAAGGCCUCUACGUCAUGGUAAUCAUGUAUAUUGGGACAGAUCGAGGUAUUGACUUUCAUAACGACCCACUUGUAUCCCCCUUGUGGGCCAGUGAUGAAUUGCUAGCUCAGUUCCCACGCUGCUAUGUCACCUGUGGAACCUGUGAUCCCCUUGUGGAUGAUACUGUCAUAUUCACUUCACGCCUAAGAAACGCCCGGCGCGCCAAAAAUCCAAAGCUCAACAUCACAGAAGACAUUAUCCGUACGCGUCUCGUUAAAGGUGUAUCUCAUGGCUUUCUCCAGUUUGAUACCAUUUAUCCUGAAACAAAAUCAAUCUACAAAAUGAUUGGCAGUUGGUUCCUCGACGCCUUUGAGCGCUCAGAACAGGAAUCACGCCUAACUGUUCAAGAGUAUCGAGAGAUUCUCGACACCCCCAAAGUAGAUACAUAUAGAUACAACAACCCAUUCCCGGGAUAUUAA